GAUGUGAUUGAUCAAAUUCUUUUCAAAUUUUUUAUACUAGGAGGUUCAGCAACAUCUGAUGACCAUGAAUUUGACCCGUCGGCUGAUAUGCUGGUUCAUGAUUUUGAUGAUGAACGGACAUUAGAAGAGGAGGAAAUGAUGGAAGGAGAAACAAACUUCAGUUCUGAAAUAGAGGAUCUUACAAGGGAAGGUGAAAUGCCAAUUAAUGAACUACUUAGCCUUUAUGGCUAUGAUGGUACAGUCCCACUCCCAGAAGACGAAGAUGACGACGAUGAGGAGGAAGAGGAGGAAGAGGAAGGAGAAGAUGAUGAAGAUGUUGAUAAUGAUGACAACAGUGGAUGUAGUGGAGAAAACAAAGAGGAGACCAUAAAGGAUUCAUCAGGUCAGGAGGAUGAGACACAAUCCUCCAAUGAUGACCCAGCACCAUCUGUUGCUUCUCAAGAUCCACAGGAGAUAAUUCACCCACGUCGAUGUAAAUAUUUUGAUGCAAACAGUGAAAUAGAAGAAGAAUCUGAGGAAGAUGAAGAUUAUAUUCCUUCAGAAGACUGGAAAAAGGAAAUCAUGGUGGGUUCUAUGUUUCAAGCUGAAAUCCCAGCUGGCAUAUGCAAAUACAAGGAGAAUGAGAAAGUGUAUGAAAAUGAUGACCAGCUGCUGUGGAAUCCCGAUUAUUUAACAGAAGAUAAAGUGAUUGAAUUCCUCAAUGAAGCCUCAAGGCGAACAGGAGAUGAGAAAGGACUAGAGGCAAUUCCUGAAGGAUCACAUAUUAAAGACAAUGAACAGGCAUUGUAUGAAUUGGUUAAGUGCAAUUUUGAUACAGAAGAAUCAUUGAGAAGAUUAAGAUUUAAUGUGAAAGCAGCCAGAGAAGAGUUAGCUGUUUGGACAGAGGAAGAAUGUAGGAAUUUUGAACAAGGACUGAAGGCCUAUGGAAAAGAUUUUCAUUUGAUUCAGGCAAACAAGGUACGAACAAGAUCAGUUGGCGAGUGUGUAGCAUUUUAUUACAUGUGGAAAAAAUCAGAGCGGUAUGACUUCUUUGCACAGCAGACCCGAUUUGGGAAAAAGAAGUACAAUCUCCAUCCUGGUGUAACGGAUUACAUGGACCGUCUUUUAGAUGAAAGUGAAAGUGCUGCUUCCAGUCGAGCUCCGUCCCCUCCCCCUACAACCUCUAACAGCAGCACCAGCCAGUCUGAGAGGGAGGACAGCACAACUAGCAACAGUAAUCAAAAUGGUGUAUCCACUAAUGGGCCAGGUGAGAUAUCCAGUAAAGAUGAAGUAAAAAUUGAAGGAUUGCAUGUGAAUGGACCUACAGGUGGUAAGAAAACACCUCACACAGAUCUGGACACAAAUGGAUAUGAAACUGAGAACCUUUCCAUUGACCCUAAACUUGCUCAUUCAGCUGCAAGAAAUGAAAAUGAUUUUGAAGAAAAAAAUGAAAGACCUGCAAAGAGGAGAAGAAUCAACAGCAAUGGAAAAGAAAGUCCAGGUUCCUCAGAGUAUUUUCAAGAAGCAAUAUCAGAGACUUUGGAUGAUUGAAUAUGGGAACUGAUUUUAUUCCUUGGAGUAAAUUCUGGGGUGCCUAAAAUUUUCAGGGUUGAUGGGUUACCUUACAAAAAUCAAACUCCUUGAAGCAAUCUGAGAUUUUUCUUACACCUUUUAGUUGGCUCUGAAGUUCUGCUGUUUUUUCAGACCUGAAAUGCAGAACUGGAAUAUUUUGUUGCACAGAACUAUGGGCUAUUACUGUUCUGGCAACAUUUAGGUAUUUUAAGGUGUUUGAAAAAUGAAUCCAUAAACUUGUUUAUAUGGUAAACACAUUUCCUGCUUAAUUUAUUAAGGAAAUUUCUAUUAUACACAUUCUUCAAAUUGUUUGUAGAUACAGUUCUACUGUACAAAGUAUAUUUUUAAAGAGGAGAGCUGAUUAAAAUUUAAAUUAUCACAAGUAGUUAAUGUGAAAUUUUAGAAUUCCAAGAUGCAGUGGAGAAGCAGGUGUAAAUUUUCAGUCUAGAUGAAGAGAAGUGGUAUACAAUUAAGGAACUCCUAUGAAUCCUGAAAGUUAUGAGCACGAUUAUUUUUAUAUAUAGAAGUUUUUAAAAAAAUAAACCAAGUCAGGUUUGUAUAUGUAAAAUUGUUGACAUCAAUGAUGUCUUCCAUAUUCUUAUCUGGGCUAAAGAAAUACGUUCUGUAUUUUUCCAGAUUUCUUUGUAGCCUUUGAAAGAUUUUUACAGUACUUAUGUCUUGAUUGAGCUGUCCUUUCUUAAAACAAAAGCUUGUAUAAUUUUCUUAACUUGUACAAUUGGUAAACUUUUAUGAGAAAAUAGAUAUUCUGAGUCUGUCAGCUUCAUUUUAUUUUACUAAAGUCUUUUUCUUAAAAAAAAAAAAAAAAAA